AUGAGUGUUAAGAAGCAAAGUUCCAAGUCUUCAGUGCCAAAAUUGACGAAGAAAGAUGACAAAAAGGUAAAAUCAUCGUCAAGUGGUUCAGAGUCUAGUUCCAAUUCCAGCGACAGCUCGAGUUCAGGUUCAGGUUCAGGUUCAGGUUCAGGUUCAGAUUCGGAUUCGGAUUCUGGCUCAGACUCUAGUUCAAGCUCUAGCUCAGAUUCAGAAUCGAACUCUGAUAGUAGCUCCAGUUCCAGUUCCAGUUCCAGUUCCAGUUCCAGUUCAGACUCAGACUCCAGUUCAGACUCAGAUUCUAGUUCCAGCUCAGACUCUAGUUCCAGCUCAGACUCUGAUUCCGACUCAGACUCUAGCUCCAGUGCCAGCUCAGAAUCCGAUGAUGAGGACGAAAAAGACAUCAAAAUUAAGAUAAAAGAUGAAAAAUCUGAGCCAGUAGCAGUGGAAGUAAAGGUGUCGAAAUCGUCAAACUCGGACUCGGAAUCUAGUUCUGAUUCUAGCUCCGAUUCAGACUCUAGCUCCGAUUCAAGCUCUGACUCAGACUCCGAUUCAAACUCUAGCUCUAGCUCUAGUUCAGAUUCAGAUUCAGACUCUAGCUCUAGCUCCAGCUCGGACUCUAGUUCGGACUCUAGUUCAGACUCAGACUCAGACUCAGACUCAGACUCAGACUCAGACUCAGAUUCGUCCUCAGAUUCGUCCUCCUCAUCUAGCGACUCCGAUAGCAGCGAUAGCGAAACUGCAGUAGAAACCGAAACCAACAGCAAACGUCCUCUUGAAACUGAAUCUGAUUCCACUGAAAAUUCCAAAGAAUCAUCACAAGAACCUUCAACAAAGAAACAAAUGAUUUCAGCUGGCGUUGAUGAAGUAUUGCCUGGACAAAGAAAACAUUUCUCCAGAGUCGAAAGAGAGAAGAUUGCAUUUGAACACGAAGUCCUGACAGAUAAUACAUACAAAGGUGCCGCAGGUACCUGGGGUGAAAUGGCCAACGAUAAGUUGAGCCGUGUGAGAGGAAAAGAUUUCACUAAAAAUAAAAACAAGAUGAAAAGAGGUUCUUACAGAGGUGGGUCUAUCACUAUGGCUUCUGGCUCCUAUAAGUUUACUGAUUGA